UACAAGACUUUUAUAUUAACUUAAAGAAACUUAAUGUAAUUAACGACUAUUUCGAAACCCCCCUUAGGCAAUUUUUUGUUUGUGAUUUUAGUUAGUGAAUUUUCAUUUUUAAAAAGCACACUAUCUUGUGAGUUAAACGCGUUGUAAUUUAACAUCCUACUCGGGAUAUUAAAUUUGCCCUUGUUUUUUACAAUUACCCCUUCGAUUUUAAGAUUCUUAUAUUUUUAAGCCUUUUUGCAAACUAUUGGAUUUUAGGGAAAUAAACACAACUAACACAAGGUCGGCCUUGUGAAAACAGAGAAAAUUCGCUGAUGUUUCGAGCCUUAGUCCUUUGUAGGGGUUUGAGAUUUAGAUUUAAAAAAUCGCUGCUCUGGAAAACCUUUCACGAUAUGUUUCCAAGAGAUGUCUGAAGACGGUUAAAAAUCUAGAAAUGCUACCUUUAUAUAAUUAGUCAACCUCAAUUUUAAAGAGAUCCACAAAAGGCAUCGCGGAAAAAAAUAAUAAGGCAGCUAAUUUAGAUAAUAUUAAUCUCACGCAAAUAUAUGACGUUUGUGAAAUAAUGCUUCUCACUUUGUUCAGUGAUAAGUGCUCGUUUCUAGUCGGCUGGGUAACUGACGCGUAUAAUGUGAUAUAGGAACCAAAGUAUACAAUACUUUGAAAAGACGGUCUAUUUUGAACACAGAGUGUUCAGGAUGCCUUAAAGGAAACAUCACUGUUCAAAACAACAACAGCAACACCACGAACAAAAAUGAAUAAUUCCAGUGCAAAAGUCGUCCCAGGUCGGCUGAACUUGAGCGGAUCCCGGAUGGAAAUAGGAGAACUCCUUAUAUGGUGCAUCGUAAAUGGCGUGUUGUCCUUCAGCGCUAUAUUUGGUAAUUCCCUAAUCAUCUUGUCAUUCGUCCGUUUCAAGAAACUACGCACGCGCACGAAUUACUUCAUCGUUGGCCUCGCCGUGGCGGAUUUCCUAGUCGGGCUGAUCUCGAUGCCGAUGUGGAUCGCGAGUAUGAUAACGGUCUGGUUACGGACCACUUCGUGGAUGAGGUCCGUUUUGUAUCGCGCAUUUCUCGCACUCGAUGCGUUUGCAGGGAUCUCGUCUAUCCUUCACCUCAUGUUGAUAAGCCUGGAGCGUAUGUUUGCUAUCGGUUGGCCCAUAUACCAUCGUGUCUCGUCCAGGAAUUCCUACCUUGCCGGGCUCGCUAUAGUCUGGGGUCUUGCACUGAUGACCUUCAGCUUAUUUAUCCCUAAAACAGAGAUCUCCAUGAUUCCACGAUUCUACGUGCUCUUCGUCCUCUUUGUCAUUCCGCUGCUUGUCACCGUGGCCACCUAUAUCGCCAUAUGGUGGACUGUUCGCCACAAACAGCAUGAUACGAAUUACUGGUCUCAAAAUCGUGAGGUCAAACUCGCGGGGAUUUUGUUCCUUGUCAGUGUGCUCUUUGUGGUAGCAUGGUUGCCUUUUAUGGUUGUAAACACCGUUUUGUUCUUCUGUGGAACGUGUCGCGUGAACUCAAAAGUCAUCUACUUCGUUAAACUCCUUCAUUACAGCAACUCAUCCGUAAAUGCAGCGUUGUACAGUUAUAGGAUUUCCGACUUCAAGAGGGCGUUUUUGACGAUUCUCCGUAGACGAAAGUGGAAGCAAUGGCGUGAUGGUUCUUUAAAGAGCAGCGUGGACCUAAGAAACACGAGUCGUUCGAGCUCGACUAAAAACCCGGGCUCCAUCCGGGCAUCGUCGGAAUCAAAACCGCUGACACAUUCUGUCAAUGUUUAAUGGCUCAACAAAUAGCAUCAUCACACUUUCUUAUGCAGUAAUGUAUCCAUUCCUUAACGUCUCCUUAAGAGACUUUGACAUAUCAAAUAUUGGAAUCAAUGAUGUGCAUGGUAAAGGGCUUCCUGUAUUACAAUUUGUAAGAGUCUCUACGCUUUUAGAAAUAGACCAAUACUUGGCCUAAAUCAUUCGCAAGAUUUAAUAGAUAUACACCUGUUUUGAUAAUUAAAUAUUAAAUUGAUGAUACAUGCGAACAUUUCUAAAUCAGGUAAUCAUGAUUGACCUUACCUUUUAUAACAAGGUAUCUUGAUAAAUGUACUGAAUUGAAUUGAUUUAAAAAAAGUAAUUUUGCUCAAAACACAAAUGCUCAUACUAGAAAUAAAUAGCUUCGUUUA